AUGGAUAAUGGCUGUAAUUUCAUCAAGGCCUUCAAAAGGUACCAGCCAGUCGAGGAGGACGACUCUGAGGAUGACGAGGAUGAGUAUGCUGAGGACCCAAGUGGCUGGACAAGGCCAAAGGGACUCCCAUGUAACACCAGGCUGCAGCAGAUGGAUGGCCAUUUCUGGAGGGUGGGACUGGACCGUGUGUCUGCCUGGUUGUUCGCUGGCUGGGAUCCCAAGAAGUUUCGCCAUGUGUCUCAACAUCGAGUCCGUCUGAUGAUGAAAAGGAAAAAAAAGAAGAAAGUAAAAGACCUGGUACGCUUACUGAUCGGCUUCACUGACAAGGAGAUGGAAGCAUAUGCAAGAUCUCAGCCACACGGCCAUGUGGCGCGUUUCCCUGAGUGGAAUCCGGCUCACAGGACCAGGCCAAAGGGAUGCCCACGUAACACUUGGCUGUGGCAGAUGUAUGGCCAUUUCUGGAGGGUGGGACUGGAACGUGUGUCUGCCUGGUUGUUCGCCGGCCGGGAUCCCAAGAAGUUUCGCCAUGUGCUUCAAAAUCAAGUCCAACUGAUGGAGAAAAGGAAAAAGAAGAUCAAAGUAAUGGACUUCAUUGAGAAGAGGAUGAAAUCAUGUGACGUUAAUCCUCAGGGUCUUUCGAAAUAUACAGACUUCUUGCUGCUUGAUUGUUAUAGGCUAAAAAAUGUACAUUCCAUUAAGGAUCUUACUAUCGAAGGAAUUUUACAGCAGGAGGUUUUUACCUUUGAAGACAUGAAGCUUGUUGCUUAUGUGUGUCUUAUGGGUAAUUGGAAAUAUGAGAAGGAUUUUGCUUUACUGCCGCUGGAUAUGCGCAAACAAUGUGCUAAGAUACUUCCUUCUGCUAUUUUAAGUAAAUAUGGACCUCCCUCCAAGAUGCGAGGAAUCUACAGUAUUUGUCAUCCUGAUAGGGGGGGUGUUGAUCCAAGUUCCAUUUUUGAAGAAAGAAAGUGUCUCGUUAUAUUUCCCAAUGAUCACCAGUUGAUGAAUCGAGAAUUGAAGUAUAUACCAUGUUUGUUUAAUAGGCCUUUGGGUUCCAUAAUCUUUGAGGAAAUUUGCCGGUUCAUAAACAUAGUACCGCACUCUGCUGGCGUCCUUUAUUAUGAAUCUAAUGGAAAUAUAUGCAGGGUGACUGAAUAUAACGUUUCCACAUACUCAUUAUUAGAAUUAUUGUUCAAAGAGAGGAUUGAAAUGAAAUGUGAAAGCAAAUAUAUAGUCUCUCUCACUAAAGAAGAUUGGCAAGGCUUUCUGCACCGUGCUGCAGUUUGUUACAUUUAUGUUAAGGACCACUCGACAGCUACAGGCUUCUUGCUGUUUGAUCGUUAUAUCCUAACAAAUGCACAUGUCAUUAAGGAUAUUAUACCCCGCAGUCUAGAACAGAAUGACUUGACUCCAAAAGGAGACGCCUCCCCUCACCGAGGCGGAAUACCUCGAUCUGUCUCCCUUUUUGAGUGUCGGAAGGAGCCCCCUCCGAUUUUCGACCCAGCGAUGUUCACGUCACCAAGAUUCCCCGCCUCUUCUCUGCCUGCGCCCACAGUUCGUCUGCCCGCUGCUUCGCAACAUUUUGGAAUGACGGCGCCCGAAGCCUGUGCAAUCGUUCGUGAGCCUGAAUCCUGCGCAAUCGCUCGUGAGCCCGAAGCCUGUGACGACUCGAGAAGCCUGACCAGGGCAACUUUUCCCCCCAAGUGGAAUCCCUAA